AUGGAGGUCCCGUACGCGCCACAGGAUGUAUCUGCCGUCUCCCAGAUGAUCUCAGCUCUGGAGGCGGCUAAGAAAGACAAGCGACACGGUGGAUUUUCUUGCAAAAAGACUACCUUCAACGUGAAGCCGUCUCGAGACGGCAUCAACGUGGACUCGUGGCGCAUGCAGGAUUGGGACUACAAGAAAAAGAACCUGCCCACCUACGCUCGCGGUCUCUUUACCACCAAGACCAGCAAGAACACACCGGAAAUCGCCGUCAGAGGCUACGACAAGUUCUUCAACGUCGGCGAAACCGAAGACACCAAGUGGGAUGCCAUCUUCAAGAACACAAGGGGGCCCUACGAGCUGACGCUCAAGGAGAACGGCUGCAUCAUCUUCGUGGCGGGCCUCGAAGACGACACUCUGCUUGUCUGCAGCAAGCACUCCACUGGUGAUCGCGGCGAUGUCGAGAUUAGCCAUGCGCGAGCUGGAGAGAUUCGGCUCGAGAAGCAGCUGGCUGCCCUGGGCAGGACAAAGGAGGACCUUGCACGAGAGCUGCGGGCCCGAAAUGUCACUGCCGUGGCGGAGCUUUGCGACGACUCGUUCGAAGAGCACAUAUUGGCCUACGAGGAUGACAAAGCCGGCCUCUACCUUCACGGCAUCAAUCUCAACCUUCCGGAGUUUGCAACCUAUCCAAGCAGCCAGGUGCAGGAGUUUGCUAAGCAGUGGGGGUUCCACCACGUUGAUCUGCUGGUGAUGGACGACAUUCAAGAGGUCAAGACGUUCCUGGACGAUGUCGCCAAGACGGGAUCGUAUUCCGGCCGCGACGUCGAGGGAUUCGUCAUUCGUUGCAAAAUGUCCCGUAACCCUGCUCAGCUGCCCUACCAGGACUGGUUCUUCAAGUACAAGUUCGAGGAGCCUUACUUGAUGUACCGACAGUGGCGAGAGUGCACCAAAGCUAUGAUCUCUGGCAAGCAGCCCAAGUUCAAGAAGCACGUCAAGAUCACCGAGGAAUACCUCGUCUAUGCUCGGAAGCAGCUUGCGGCGGAUCCGAAAUUGGCCAAGCUCUACAAUCAGAACCAUGGCAUCAUCAAAUUGCGAGACGACUUCCUCGCGUACAAGAAUCUCAAGGGGGCAGACGCCGCCAACAUGGACGUCCUGGAUCGCGUAGUCAUGACGGAAGUUACCAAGGAUGUCAUCUUGGCACCCAUUGCCACUCUUGGCUGCGGAAAGACUACGCUGGCUCUGGCAUUGACGCACCUCUUUGGCUGGGGCCACAUCCAGAACGACAACAUCUCGGGCAAGGGACGUCCGCCGAGGUUUGUCAAGGCCGUCAUGGACCAGUUGAAAGAGCGUCCAGUUGUGUUUGCAGAUCGGAAUAACGCGCAAAAGCAUGAGAGGAAGCAGCUCAUAGGCGAUGUCAAGGCACAGAACCCUGAAGUUCGAAUCGUCUGCUUGAAUUUUCGACACGAUGAGGAGUCGAUUGAUGAGAUUCGGCGCGUCACACAGGAGCGUGUCAUUGAACGAGGCGACAACCACCAGACGAUCCAUGCGGCGACAGAUCAGUACAAGUAUUUGGAGGUCAUGGAAGGAUUCAUCAAGCGAUUCGAGGAAUGCAACCCCAAUUCUCUUCCGGAUGCCGGCUUCGAUCUGUUCAUUGACCUGGAUCCCACGGCUGGCAGCCGAGUGAACCUUGAGACAGUGGUCAAGGAGCUGCACCUGUCGCUGCCCAACGUGGUCAAAGAAAUGCCCAGCCCCGAGAAGCUGGACGAGGCCAUGGACUUUGCGCUGAGCUACGUUCCCGACUUUAAGCAUACUAUUCCGGACCGAGGGAAGAAGGAUCAUGCCAAGCAAGGUCAGCAGCAGAAGACGCAGCCGAAGAAGAGGACACUGGAAUAUAUGGCUAUCAACAUGGCGACGGAUCCGAUCGACAAGGUUCUCGACAAGGCAUUCAAGGGGUCCGGUCCCGAGAUCUCGCGGUUUUUCUUCCAGCUCAAGAACACAAGGAGGGUGCAGCGCAAGUUUCAUGUUACACUGAUGCACAAGGCCACGGCGCCGACGUACCCGGAGCUGUGGAAGCGGUACACCGAGCUUCAUGAGGCUGCGGGGGGUGAUGAUGCCAAGCUUGGAGAAUGCGAUCUGGUCCUUGAGCGGGUUGUUUUUGAUGACCGCAUCAUGGCUAUCGUCGUCCGCAUCGUCGACGAGGAGAACAAGUGGGACUGCGUGAACCGGGUAGCGCACAUCACGGUGGGAACGCGGGACAACUCGGUGAAGCCAAAGGAGAGCAACGAUUUGCUGGCCAAGUGGCUGGAGGAGGGAGCCGGCGGCGGCGGCGAAGGAAACGGGAUUCAGGAGGUGGUGUUUACGGAGAAGCCUACCGUCAAGGGAGUUGUCCAGGGCGUUUUGUCCAGGUGA